AACACGUGACCAUGGUCUGUGCUUUUUUUCUCUCUCACCCAAAACGCAAAAGCGCAAGCUGAUCUGGUUCGCCACAGCAACAUCCAGCAGAUCCGCCUGCGUGCCCGUGCGUCUGUCGCCGCGAUCGACAUUGCCCGAGCGCACCCGAGCCUCCAUCCUUUUCGCUUCAGCUGUUUGUCAGCCCUCCCAAGCCAAAUCGAUCGAUCAACGACUCGCUCUCGCUCGGCGCCUCCCUACACCACACGACUACUCAAGCCCACAAAGCGUAGCCACCACCAUGUCUUCGAGAAUGCUUGCGAGGCCGCUGCAAUCUUCUGCGGGAAUCAUGAUCCGCUCGUCCGUGAUGCUGCCGCGGGCACUUUCGCUGCGACCGAUGCUCUCCCUGGCCACUCGAUCGCUGGCCACCGCCCCUUCUCCGGGAGCAAGAUUCGGCAAGCGCGCAGAGCCCGAAGUGAAGCUGCAAGACCUGAAAUUCGAUGAGGAGCUGCGCAUCGCUACCUACAAAACUGCUUCCGGCACCCGCGCAAACGUUGGCGACUUUUUCAAGGCACCACAGUCGUUUAUCAAAGCCCUUCCGGAUUCUCAGCUGCCGAAUGGCAUGCUCCGGCUGAAUCGGCUCAGCGACAAGGAGUCGUCGGCGAUGCUCCGUCACUCUACCCUGGACCUGAUCGAGAUGGCGGAGGAGUCUGUAGAGAAGGGACUCGAGGGCAAGGCUCUGCUUGUCGGAAAGCAGGGCUCUGGAAAGACCUACACUCUGUUUCAGCUUGCGGUUCAUUUCCAGAGCGCCAACUGGAUCGUUAUCUACCUUCCCAAGCUUUCCCAGUGGACUUCGGCAUCGAGCUUCUACUAUUUCAACGAGAGCACCAACCAGUGGGACCAGCCCGAGCUUACGGCGACUGUGUUGGAGUCAAUACUGUCGAUGAACGCAAAGACGCUUGCCGAGGUUAAGCUCGCUGAGCCUGUGCAAGUGGGAAGCAAGAAAGUCGACGAUAACCUCGCCAGCCUGGUCAAAGCUGGCAUCAGCUCGCCGCAGCACUCGACUCUGGUGCUCCAGGCCCUGUUCAAGAUCCUCAAGAGCCAGUCCCCCAAAGUCUUUGUGGCUCUGGAUCAGGUCGGAUCGCUGUUCUCAAGCACCGCAUACCGCACCCCCAAGAGCGAGCCCAUCAUGGCCCACGAGCUGUCGCUCUGCCACGAGUUCCAGAAGUUGUUCCUGGAGUCCAGUUCCUCCAAGAACAGCUUUGUGAUCGGCACCAACGACACCACCGUUGUGCGGAUCCGAUCACCCUACCUUCAGCACUACGCUCGCACCCACGUCCACCGCCCGCUGGGCCGCGACCCCAUCCAGGCCCCAGCCCAGACCCACGAAGCCAAGUUCCACACCCUGGACUCGGCCGCGGACGCCAUGCUCCCGUCGAGCCUGGCCCCGCAUCACCGAGACGCUUUCACCAUCUCGGUGGUGGAUCUGAAGCCCAGCAUCUUCACCGAGAACAAGGUCGUGGUUUGCGAUCUCCCUGUCUACAGCCGAGAAGAGACAGCUGCGAUGCUCAAGUUUUACAAGGAGUCCAGUGUCGCCCACUUUGGCUUUGAGCUCAACGACCACUCGAUCAAGCGCGCACACCUUCUCACCGGCGGAAACGGCCGCCAGCUGAUGAACUACAUCUUUUCUCACUGAGCGGCCGUCGCAGCCGGGAUUCGAGGCGCGAUGCAGCCAGUCCUGAGAAGGACCGAGGGUGGCAAGUGAGAGACAGCGAGGAUGGGUAGCGCCAUUUCUGGAGGCGGCGGGUCCUCUGCCACAGCCAGCGCUGUCGUGUCGAUGAAUAGAGCUGCCCGUCUGUCAUCCAA